AUGGCAGCUGCAGCGUCGGGAUUGGGUGUGGGUGCAGCAGGAUCAACGGAUGUGGCGCUUGGUGGGGGUGGCAGUGGCAGUGGCAGUGGCAGUGGCAAUCAAAGCGUGGUGGACCUCUCGCUGGAUCUGCUUCGACGUUUGCCUCCCUCUGACAUUUCCCAAAACCUGUCCAAACUGCUAUCCACCUGUCCCAACUCGCUGUCAGAGGAUCUCAUCGGCUCGGUGGAUGAGCCGCCGGUGGUCAAGGUGGAUGACAGUCCAGAAGGUGCGGGCAGGGAGUUUCUGGCUUGCGAUUACAAUCGCGAUGGCGACUCUUGGCGCAGUCCCUGGAGCAAUAGGUUCUUGCCAGAGGAGCUGGAGGAUGGCACUCGACCCAGUCAACGUCUAAGGCAGCUGGAAGAGAAGGCCAUGGAAGCAUUCAGCACGUACAGGCAGCUGUGCGUAGUCAGUCGCCUUGAAGCGGGCAUGGUGGUGCAGCUCUGUUUCCCUUGCCGUUGUGCGCGCGCGCACACACGCACACACACACACACACACUCACUCACUCACUCACUCACUCACCUCUCCAUCGCGCGCAGGUAUUACGAGUCUGGCAUCUCCUCUUGCUACUUUUGGGAUCUGGACGAUUCAAACUUUGCGGGCGCCAUCGUCAUCAGAUCUCAGCUCUCUGCAGGCAGGGUGCAGGGCUCGUGGAAUUCGCUGCACGUGUUCGAAGCGACGGAAUUGGGUGUCAAGAGCGUGAGCUACAAGUUGACCAGCACCGUCAUGCUCAGCUUCGACGUCAAGCAGCAGCAGAACGACAAGGAAGGCAGCGCAGCGGUUGGGGACGGGAGUGGGAAUGGAAAGGAACAGCAAAAGAAGGGCAACAUGAACUUGAGCGGAAGCCUAACUAGGCAGGUGAGUUGGCACCCGUACGCUCCUCCUCCUCCCCAUUUGCCUCGGGUACUGUGGGUCUCCAUCCAUGCUUUCUGUCUGCUCAUCUUGUGCUUUCCACCCUUCCCCAGUCGGAAGAGAAGUUGCCCCUUCCGGAUUACGCGUCGCACAUUGCCAACCUGGGCAAAAUGGUAGAGGAGAUGGAAGCCAAGCAGAGAAAUUUAUUGCAGGUGAGCUGCUCCCUCGCCUCCAUCGAAAUCUCCCUUUUUCUCGAGGCGCUGUUGACCUCGCCGCCCGCAUGUCCGGCUCGUCCCACACCACCAGACUGUCUACUUUGGCAAGACUCUCGACGUGCUCAACUCUGUUCGAAGUCCGGAGUCCCUAGACGCGAAGCGCAAAGAGAGGGAGCUACAAAAGGAGCUCAUGGGGCUGUGGAAGAGGCCUGGAGUGGAAUCAUGA